UUAAUUAUUUCUGGAAUAUGACAUGCAUGUUUAAGAAAAGAAGAAAAUUAUAUACUCUGAUCAAUUGAGAAAUGAUCGCUGUGUGAACUCGCUUUGUCAUUACAUCUUUCAUAUUGUAGGGUAGGACCUAUCUAUAUGCUGAACUGUCAUAGGUAUUUUCAAUGACGUAGGACUGCCAUAUUUUUUUCUAUAUGGGGCCUGCUAGGGGGUCAACCAAAUUGUUGGGGGUUUGGAGGUGGCCAUGCAAGAUGUUUUGUGAUAAACGAAUGGUGCGCAUAAUAAACAAUUAAACUAAUAUUAUAGCGGGACGCGUCGUUUCGGCAGAUAUGCUCGAAUCGUUUGAGCAAACGGUCCGGAUUGGCAAAGAAAAAGCCUUUCACUCAAAACAUCUUUCUCACAUGCGAUAGGAAUUUUACGUCACAAAAAUUUUGAUCGGGGAUGAGAGUGUAGUGCCGUGGCGAGGUUAUAUCAGAAAUUGGGACAAUGGCCCUUUAAAAUUUAUCUACGUUUCAUUUUAUAAUUAUUAACAUUUAAACGAGAAGUAUUUGUAUAGUCCUACUAUACAAUACCGAUUUCUUCGAACGAUACGAGUUGUCUUGGUGAUUUUGUUGAAUUCGUUGAUCGCGAAUGCGGUGCCCUACCCCGCUGCACUAUUUUUGUCUGUACAUUUUAUUUACACGUAUUUCUCUUGUUGCGUGUUUUCUUCGCCAAAUAUUUUGGCUAUCUUUAUAGCAGUUACGUAAUUUCCGACGUGAGUAAUUCCGGCACGAUGGCCGAUGAUGAAUUAAAUGAAACUCGAUUGUUUUACACGUAGUGGCGUGUGGACAUAUAUACCACGCUAAGUUAAAGGGAAUUGAUUUUUGACAUUCUUUGCAUAAGAGUAAAAGAAGCUCAAAGCGUGCUAGUAUAUAUUAAUAACAUGAACGGGAAACGAUCACUGCACGGUUGUAAACAAAAUUAAUGUUUAAAUAGUGAAAGUGAUCCUAUUUAGAUAUGUCUAUUGGAAAUUAUCUUCUUAAGGACAGUCAUCACAUCAUAAUGUGGUGGUUUAAAAUACUAUUGAACAAUAUUAUUAAGAAUGACAGAAAUAGUAUCCAAGGAUUUUGGUAAGGGUCAACCUUUUCGAAAAAGAGACAUGUCAGAUUCGUCGCAGCACCAAUAUAAUCAACCUCCUCCUGAUAUUAUGCCAAAGGGACUUGCAAUCAAUGGCAUAGGAGGAAGGUUGCGCCAAUUAGAAUCUCUUUUUAUUGAUGGUCCUGUACAAGGAGAAGGAAGAAUAGGCCACACAUUUUCUAUUGAGACACUUAUUGAUAUUUUACUUGUCUUAUAUGAUGAAUGUUGUAAUUCUUCCUUACGACGUGAAAAGACUGUCUCAGAUUUUAUUGAAUUUGUAAAACCAGUGGCUACUUGCAUUAAGAGUUUGCAAUUGGCACGGGAGGAUUUUGAAAUAGUAAAAGUUAUUGGUAGAGGUGCAUUUGGUGAAGUAUGUGUUGUAAGAAUGCGUGGUUCAGACAAAGUAUUUGCAAUGAAAAUUUUGAACAAAUGGGAAAUGUUGAAGCGUGCAGAAACUGCAUACUUUAGAGAAGAGAGAGAUGUACUGGUGUAUGGUGAUCGUAGAUGGAUCACAAAUCUUCAUUAUGCCUUUCAAGAUGACAAUAAUUUGUACUUGGUCAUGGAUUAUUACUGUGGUGGAGACCUGUUAACACUGUUGAGCAAAUUUGAAGAUCGCCUUCCAGAAGAUAUGGCACGUUUUUACAUAGCUGAAAUGGUUCUGGCUAUUGGGUCCAUACAUGACUUACGUUAUGUACACCGUGAUAUUAAACCUGAUAAUGUUUUGUUAGAUGCAAAUGGUCAUAUUAGAUUAGCAGAUUUUGGAUCUUGUUUACGAUUGUUUGAGGAUGGCACUGCACAAAGUAAUGUUGCUGUUGGCACACCAGACUACAUUUCACCAGAAAUCUUAAGGGCAAUGGAAGAUGGUCAAGGACAAUAUGGACCUGAAUGUGAUUGGUGGUCUUUAGGAGUAUGCAUGUAUGAAAUGUUAUAUGGAGAAACACCAUUUUAUGCAGAAUCUCUAGUCGAAACUUAUGGAAAAAUUAUGAACCAUAAGAAUUGCUUUGACUUCCCAGCAGAUGACAUGUAUGAAGUUUCUGAAGAAGCUAAGGAUUUAAUGAGGAAAUUAAUAUGUAGUUCAGAAUUUAGACUAGGUCAAAAUGGAAUUGAUGAUUUUAAGAAACAUCCAUGGUUUGAAGGAGUAAACUGGGAAACUCUUAGAGACAGUACUGCACCUUACAUUCCUGAAGUUUCUUCACCAACAGAUACAUCAAACUUUGAUGUUGAUGAUACAGAUGUUCGCAGUUCUGAUGCUGUUCCACCAGCAGCAAAUUCUGCGUUUUCUGCACUUCAUUUACCAUUUGUUGGCUUUACUUUCACUCAAGGAAGUUGCAUAUCUGAUCUGGGUUGUUUGUCUGCUAUAACUCAAAAGGAUAAACGUGUGCAAAUAUUGGAGGAAGAAAAUGCACAACUGACACAAGCACUUGAAGAUUUAAAAAAACAAAUUAGCAUGAGUCAUUCUUCCCCAGGAAUAUCACCAGAUUCUAAUAAUGCAACAAGAAAACUUCAGGAUGAAAUAAAUACACUUACUAAACGCAACUGUGAAUUAGAAUCACAGUUAAAAUCCAUGGAGGUCCCCCGUGAAUUACGCAACUUAGAUAACGGUGAUAUGACAAAACUACGGGAAUUAGAAAAAUUAGUACGCUCUCUUCGAUCAGAAAAGGAAGAAGCUAUUAAAGAUAAGUUAGAUGUCCAGGAGAAGCUUAAACUUCAAGAUAAAGAAUUGAAAGAUGCAUUAACACAACGUAAACUAGCAAUGGCUGAAUAUACCGAAGUUACAGACAAAUUAUCAGAAUUAAGACAGCAGAAACAAAAAUUGUCUAGACAAGUCAGAGAUAAAGAAGAAGAAUUGGAGGUUGUAAUGCAAAAGGUUGAUAGCUUACGACAUGACAUUAGAAAAGCGGAAAAGUUACGUAGAGAAUUAGAGAAUCGAGUGGAAGAGGCAAUGGCUGAAACGAGUAAAGAAAGAAAAUUGAGGGAACGUAGCGAAGAAUAUUGUAAGCAAAUGCAGGAAGAAACAGAGAAAAUUAGGCAAAGGUCUAUGGGAAAUGAUGCAAGUGCAAAUCAUGCAUUAGCGACACAAGAAAUUAAUAGGUUAAAAGCAGAAGUGGAAAAACUUGAAGUUCAAUAUAAUGAAAAUUUGAACCAACAACAAGGUAGGUUCAAUCUUGAAAUUCGUAGUCUCCAAGAACAAUUGCAUGAAGCUGAAACAAGGAGAGAUUUAUUGGAAAGGGAAGUUCAGUUAACGAAAGAAAAAUUAGAUAAUGCAAGAUUAGAAAAUAUCACCGAUAGUGAGGAGACUAUAAAUGAAUUGAACAGACGUCAUGAAAGAGAAAAAAUUAUGCUAGUCGAAGAAAACAAAAAACUUAUGUUAGAACUUAACACUCUUACCGAUAGUGUUAAUAGAAUACAAGGUGAAAGGCGACAAUUAGAAGAAGAAUAUGAGGAACUAAGAAACAAGAAGGAAGCUAUUGCACAAUGGGAAGCUCAGAUUACCGAAAUUAUUCAGUGGGUAUCCGAUGAGAAAGAUGCUAGAGGAUACUUACAGGCAUUAGCAACAAAAAUGACAGAAGAAUUAGAAUUUUUAAAACAUUCUGGCGGUGUAGGUGGUGUAGGAAGUGGUUCUACAAUGGCAGAUAAAAAUUGGCGAAAUCGUAGAUCACAAAAGCUUGACAAAAUGGAGCUUUUGAACCUACAAAGUUCUUUACAAAGUGAAAUACAAGCUAAGCAGGCAAUAUCUGAAGAACUUACAAAGACGCGUUCAGAUUUAAUUGCUGCUCAAAAGGAAUUAAGAGAUUUCAGACAACGAUUCGAUACACUCACGCACGAGAUAAAACGUAAAGAAAUGCAAAUAAAAGAGUUGCAAGCGAGACUUGACACAGGCGAUGGCUCUGCCCUAUCCAGCAAAACGUCAAGAAAAUCUCCAAACAUCGUUAGCACCAAACCCCAACGCAUCAUCGUACAUCAGCCGUCGUCACCCCUACCAGUAAUGCGUGCUUCCCGCGUCACGACAUGUCGCUUAUUAACUAGAUUCGUUCCCGUCAACACAUUCAUCAGUCAGAAUGCCGUCGCCAUCGUAUCGCCACCCGUUUUAGAACGUCCUACAUCUCAAAUGUCAUAUUUGGAACAUUUCUUGAAAGAAACUGCAAGCAGUACACGUCAUGGAAGUGCAGAUAGUGUAGAAGCCGAUAUCGAAGAUAAUCGAGCACCAAGUAUCUCCAGCAGUAAAAGCAACUUAUCUGAACUCAGUAUUGAUCCCACAUCUCCGUUAUCUCAUGAACUUCUCAAUAAAUCAUCAACAUCUCAUGGACAAACCAAUCUUCAACCAAAACCAAAAUCUCACCAAUUCUUAGUAAGAACAUUUUCAGCACCUACAAAAUGUAAUCAUUGCACUUCACUGAUGGUAGGUUUAACCAGGCAAGGAGUUGUAUGUGAAGUUUGUGGCUUUGCAUGUCAUAUGCCCUGUUGUGAUAAAGUUCCAUCAAUGUGUCCUGUGCCACAUGAUCAAACAAAACGACCACUGGGUAUUGAUCCUACACGAGGAAUAGGUACAGCUUACGAAGGAUAUGUUAAAGUGCCAAAAAUGGGUGGAGUGAAAAAGGGCUGGGUUCGUCAAUUUGUGGUGGUUUGCGACUUCAAAUUAUUUCUUUAUGAUAUUUCACCAGAUCGUAAUGCAUUACCAUCUGUUUACGUGUCUCAAGUCUUGGACAUGCGGGACGAAGAAUUCAGCGUUAGUUCUGUUCGAGAUUCGGAUGUUAUACAUGCUACAAAGAAAGAUAUUCCAUGUAUAUUUAGGAUAACGACAUCUCUACUAGAACCACCUGGUUUAAGAAAUCACACGUUAAUGCUUGCAGACACUGAAAGUGAAAAAACAAAGUGGGUAGUUGCUUUAAGUGAAUUACAUAGAAUAUUAAAGAAAAACAAUCUUCCUAAUACAACGAUUUUUAGAGCAAAAGAAUUACUAGAUAAUACAUUGGCGCUCAUUAAAAAUGUGAUGUCAGGAGCAAUUAUUGAUCCAGAUCGUCUAGUCAUUGGCACAGAAGAAGGUCUCUUCUGUUUAGAUUUAGAUCGUAGCGAAAUUGCAAGAGUAGGAGAAGGCAAGAAAAUAUAUUUACUGGAAUAUGUAACAGAAGAACAAUUAAUAGUAGUUUUAAGUGGAAAACAACGUCAUGUACGGCUGGUCCCAGUACGUGCAUUGGAUGGAGACGAAGUUGAAUGGAUUAAAGUUGCAGAAACUAAAGGAUGUAUAACUUUAACGACCGGGAUAGUCCGUCGCAGUCCACUAACUUAUUGUUUGUGUGUUGCCAUAAAGAAGCAGAAUGCAUCACAAGUCAUUAUUUAUGAAAUUACACGUACGAAAACACGUCAUAAACGUAUACGUGAACUGAUGUUAUCAUGUCAUGCACAAACUUUGCAAGUUCUUUCUGAAGGUCGCUUCUGUGUCGGAUAUCCUUCCGGAUUUUCUAUCUACAGCAUCUUAGGAGACCAUCACCCUAUUUCAUUGGUCCAUUCUGAGAAUACGCUCUUAGGUUUUCUUACAUACAGUGCUGUGGAUGCUUUACGCUGUAUCGAAUUGCCACGUGGUGAAUUCUUAUUAGUCUUCCAUACAUUAGCAGUUUAUGUCGACAGUCAAGGCAGAAAGAGUAGAGAUCGUGAAAUUAUGUAUCCUGCUGUUCCUACAGCAGUUAGUUAUUGUGAAGGCUACUUACUAGUUUACAGCGAGACUCACAUCGACGUGUUUGACUGUACAACUGGAGAUUGGUUACAAACACUUAAUGUGAAGCGAGCACGACCACUCAAUACUUCAGGUUCUUUAACGUCCUGUGUCAUUAACGAUAUGCCACAUGUUAUUUUUCUGAGCAAUUUACAUCAACGAGAACUACUUAAUUUAACACCACUAGAUGCAAGUGGUAGACAAAUGACAAAACCACGAAGGAGAUUUUCAUUAAGAGAAGGAAAUAGGGCUGUUCGUCCUACUGAUAGACGUUCCAAAAUGAUAUCUGCUCCGACGAAUUUUAAUCAUAUCAGUCAUAUGGGUCCGGGUAAUGGAAUACAGAUUCAACGAUUGUUAGACCUGCCUACUACACUUGAAACAGCUGAUCAACAACAUAGUGGUCAUCACAGUAGCUCUCAUCUUCAUAGCAGCCAACAAAGAUUGUAUAGUCCUGCAAUUCAAGCAUCAAGUAAACCAGCGCCACUGCCGCCUAGGCAUCCACCUUCUGAUACCCGACGUCUUAGUUCUCAUAUAUCCAGAAAUUCCGGAUAUUCACCGCAUAACGGUUCAACAUCAUCACGCAGAGGACCGGCACCGCCACGACCAACUGCUACCCCACCUUCGUUACCCCGUACUCCUGUGGACCAAGUUGAUUCGGAAUCUGUGCAUCUACGAUCGCAUACUCCACUUUCUCUUGGUAGCAUCGCAUCUUUACACGACAAGGAACACACCUCUGGUGGAAGUCCUAGACAUUCAAUAGCUUCAAACAACAGUUCAAAUCCAUCGACGCCACCAAGUCCCGCUCAUGAUCAUGGUUCAUCUUCAUAUGAUUCAUAAAAAUUAAUUUAACACUUCUCAUAACAUUAAUAACUCACUGUAAUCGCGUCUACUACCUGAAUAAUAGGAUUACAGUAUCUAUGAUAACAUUUUUACAUAAAAUGAUAUCCGUAUUUGAUUUUUAGCUGGAAAGUUAUCGUAUUUAUUUCUUUCUUUUUUUCAAUUUUGUGCAAUACAUUUUUCUAACCUUGUGCAUUAUGUUAAUUGUAUUACAAACGUCUAACAAAAGGCAUAAUACUCGUAUAUACAAAUGAAUUAAGAAGUUGCAUGUUUUAGUUAUUUAAUUCAAUAAUCAAUACAAAGAUUUCAUAAAUAUAUUAACAUUGAUUUUGGUAUCAUGUUGCAAUAACUUUCUGGUUUUCAAGAACUUAUAACAUGUUAUAUAUUUAACAAGGGAAUUUACAGUUUAUGUAAUGAUAAAUUAUAAAUAAUUUAUGUUCGGAAAUCAUUGAAUCAGCUUUACGAUGCCAUAUAUUACCAAAGUAGGUAUCGUUUUAAUUUCCUCUUUUUUUCGGAAUUUUAAUGCGAAUACUUUGCAUAAUUUUAAUUUUUGAUCAUCGUAAUGAACUACCUUAAGUUAAUAAAAAUUGAAAUCUCAGUCAAAUUACCUAGCAAUAAAAAAUUAAUCUAAUUAAUCUAUCGUACCUACCUUUUGAAUCUAGGUAUAAAUAAUAGUUUCAAGUAAAUUAUAUACUUAGUCAUUCUUAGUGACAAAUGAAUUCAGUGGAAGUGAAUCGAUCUGAUGCCUUAUGACUAAAUAUUUUCUAUUGCGUCAUAAUGCAGUAAGGUGCAUCAUUUUAUUCAGCAUGUGAAUAGUAGAAAUAAUCGUGCAAUGUAUCUAAAGCUCCUGCUAAUAAAUAGCUAUUAAGCAAGGCGGCUAUAUACUUUUACAUGACAUAUGAGUAUUAUAUUUGUGACAGUAAAAGAGUGAUGUUGAAUAUUGAUUUGUCCUUACUGCGACAAAAACUGAUUUCUCUUUUAUAAAUGUACUGCUUUAUCUAUAAUUAAGGCUAUAAAUAUCAUUGUGGAAACUUCUUUUUUUUAAAUGCAUAUACGUAUUUAAAAUUUGUCAGUCAAAUAUUAACAAGUGCAAUGCAUAAUGACUGAGAAUAGAAUCGAAACGAAAACGGAACGACGAUGAUUAAGUAUCGUUUAUUUUAAACCAUGAAAUUCUGAAAUCCUUAUUUAUAUUUGCAACAAUUUGAAGAGAGUGUUAAGAAAGAUUACACUAUGCAACAUCUUUAGUACUUUUAUAUUAAAAAAUUUUAAAACCAUUGAAUUCACAAAAAAAAGAAUAAUGAAUCAUUAUGAAAUUUUGAAAAAAGUAUUACUUGAUGAUUAAUCAGUUACAUUUAGUUCUUUUUAUAGUUGUAAGACUAGAACAAAACAAAUGAAAUUACAACAAAGAUGAGAACAAGAUAACAAGUUUUAUAUGUUUUAAUGUAUAAAAUAUAUACAUUUUUCAUGUACAUUUAUAAAAAUUUGCUAACUAUACUAAAAGAGGAGAAAAAAGAGUUGGUAGAACAAAAUAAUUAUCUCAGGAUUCUAUGCCAGUAGUUAAAAUAUGAAAUAACAUUUAACGGUCAAGAAUCCCGAGUUGCUCCAUUCUUAUUCAAGUAAUUAUGGAUUGAAGAUGUUGUUUUAUCUUCAUAUCCCUAAACACGGCAUACAGUAAAACAAAGAGCCAAUAACUACAGUAUGGAUUCAAUUUUUGCAUACACGAAAAUAAAGUGCAUGUAAAAAAAUAAUGCUAAAUCAUGCAUUUAAAUUUACAUAUAUUUAUAAUGAAUUUUAAUGAAAAAAGUUUAAAAAAGUAUCGAAAAGUUUAUGAAAUAUUGAAAAUGUUACGGUAAAAUAUUGAUACGCUACAUUCCGAGCAAUUCUUUUUUAUUUUCAUAAAACAAUGACAAAUAUACAUGAAAAUCGAAGUUCCAACUCUUUAAAAAGAUCAUCGUUGGUGGACAUAAAGUUAGCAUAAUAACUAUAACAUGCGUAUAAUACCAAAAAAAAGAAACUUGAAACGACUUUAUCACAUUUGUGUCAUAGUAAGACAUGAAAAUAUAAUUAUAAAAGAAAUAUAUAUCGACUGCAAUAGGUUUGACAUUCUUAUAUUAAAAAUAUAGAAGAAACCGUUAAUAGAAGAAAAAAAAGUGUUAAUGUUAUCAGACAAAGAAUGUAAUAGUACAGAUAUUGCUGUCCAUACCAGAAUAAAAUAAAGUUUAAAAAUGAGUUCUAGAACUAUUCUAGAAA